AAAACACUCAUAUUCCUAUUUAGUAUCAGUGUAUUUUUCCAUGGUAUUGUUUUCUCAGGUUGCAUUUGUUUAGUCGAGGAAGAAACAAUAGAGUUUGAUGGCGGCCUUCGACAACUUUGGUUAUGGCUCGGCAACCUCGAGGCAAACUUUUAAAACUGAAAUUCUUGUAUCUAAUAGUGUUGUCGAUGGUCAUAGCAACUAUCGUGGCACUGACGAAAUACUCGACAUUUCCUGGGCGAAACCUACAACGAUCUACAAGUGAUUGCAGAAAAAAUCCCACUGAGGGAAUAGUUCUAGUAAUAGUGUAUAAUUUUCCAUUCUAUUCCAGUAUUCCUAUCCUAAAACGUCUCUACGGUGCAGCGUUUWCUAAUAUCAUCUUCUGCGGCCCUAAGGAUGACGAAGUGAAUCCUGUAGUGGAGUAUAUCUAUCAUCAUAAGGGAUAUUUUGGCUACRUUUGUCUUACUAGAGCAAUGGAGUUGUAUCCUCCACAUGACAAAGAUGYAAUCACAACAGUAAAUMMGCGUUACCAUGGUUACUUGCUGAUCAACGAUGACGUCAUGCUCAACUUUUGGAAUUUCGCUGAUUUUGACAAGAGAAAAAUUUGGGAGGGACCAAGGGUCCCUAUCAAGUAUGCAGGCCAUGGUCCCAGURAAGAUUGGUACUGGUGGAAGUCACGUUGGGGCAUGAGUCAAUGUCAAAAGGCAUUUGAUGAAAUAUGGUCACUAAGGGAKACAUUUAAUUUAUGGUCUGAAAUGAAUGCUACUCAAUCACUUGAAAUACUUGCAAGGAAUGGUUAUGAUCAGCGAUCAUGCUAUAGGGGACGGUCAGAUAUAUUUUACAUUCCUCAACGUUUCUCUGAAAUGUUUGAGUUGCUURCACAUGUCUUCUAUAAGCACCRUGUGUUYCUCGAGAUUGCAGUACCUACAAUACUUCGAAUGCUUGACGURAAGGAGAAUUUUGAGUACAUUCCUGGUGUCUACCUACCAGGGAGGAUACAUGACUCRCCAGUAAGGAAUAACAGACACUUCAGGAAAAUUUACAACAAGAAAGAAUUUUUUGUACACCCGAUGAAACUCAAUUACGAAGAUGUUGAUGCAAACAAGGCUUUUCUAGAGGCAUUUGUAUUUGAAUACAUCAAAACUAUUUACUACUGCUAGAAAUA